AACCGGUUGGUGGGUGGGGCCUGGACCCACACUAAUAUAAGCGGAAGGCAGGACUCUGAAACGGUGUUUACCACCUCCAGCAUUCUCGUGAGGGGCAGGGGAGCUCCCACAAGUGGCUGCCGACAGUACCUGUGUCCCCGGGGUGAGUCCCAACUGCCUCCUGCCUCUCCAAGAGCGUCUCCCGAGGCCCCACCGGCGUCCCGGGCCACACCGGAACUGGCCCUGACAUUAUCUGCCGAUUCUGAGGGGAAGCCUCGGCCUUUCUUUCCUGACCACUCCAGACUGGCCGACGCUGUGGCUGCCCUUUCUGUCAGCGAAGCUGCCCUCCCCAGAAUGAUCAGAAAUGAGUGAACAAUCAGGAAAAAACAAUUCCAUGCAAGAGAGACCUGCAGGUCAAAAUUCUCCUGAGAAAACUGGCCAGAUCGGACAGAAGCAACUGCAACAGAUAGAGCGGCAGUUAAAAUGCUUGGCAUUUCAAAAUCCUGGACCACAGGUAGCUGACUUUAAUCCUGAAACAAGGCAGCAAAAAAAGAAAGCACGAAUGUCACAGAUGAAUGAGUAUUUUUCUGUAAACUCCAAAGUCGUGAAGAAGUAUGACAAAAGCGGCAGGCUCAUCUGCAACGACGCGGACCUGUGCGACUGUCUGGAGAAGAACUGCCUGGGCUGCUUCUACCCCUGCCCCAAGUGCAACUCCAACAAGUGCGGGCCAGAGUGCCGCUGCAACCGCCGCUGGGUCUACGAUGCCAUCGUCACCGAGGCCGGGGAGGUCAUCAGCGAGCAGCCGUUUGACAUUCCCGACUAGGACGCAGCCCUGCGGGGUGAUCAGUUUUCUCUUGUUUGCUUAAGGUUAAGCCAGCCUGUGUUUCCUGGGUGAAUUUUAGGACUGGGGGAAACAGUGUUUAAAAACGUAACUUAAGACUCAUGUUCUCUGAAGCCACAGAGCUGUGUGGAACGGGCCCGCCUUCUCCAACCUUCCUGCUGUGACAUCUCGGUUCCUCCCCUGGUAACCCAGGAGUGAGCCCCGGGGUGGUUAUGAGUACCAGCACCUCCAUCACUAUUCUGCGCUAGAUUAAAAGUCCCUUUCCCCUUUGCUGGUGCCUUAGGAGACAGAGUGUGAGGGUUUUCAGAAUUCUGUAGCUGCGAGCUUGUCUUGACAUGCAACGUGGAGUCACACAUUCACUGUCGUUAGUUACCCUUAGGCUCUUACACAUCCCCAGUUCUAGAUAGCACUGCUUUUUGGAUUGACGCGACACUGCAUACCCAGGCUCAUUUUUUGUUGUUACUGUUUUAAUAAUAAUAAAACAAAAUCUGGUAAUACUUGGCAA